AUGCGUGUGGGUGCGAGGGAGUUGAGAUGGGUGGAGAGCGGUGAAGAGGGAGGGGAAGUGGUGGGUGCAAGCGAGGGACGAUCAAGGAGAAGGAAGAAGGGAGGGAUGGAGGAAAGGAGGAUGGAGGAAAGGAGGAGGAGGAACAGGCAAAAGAGGCGAAAGUGGCAGAUGAGGCAGUUGGAAGAGUCCUUUGAGGGAAAGCAUGGGAUUCUUCAAAGUGAUUUAUCUGCUGCUGGGUCGUUUCUCAGUAGGGCCUGGAAUGUGUCGGCUGCUGCUGUCAACCGCCGACACCUGAUGCAGGCGCACAAAUCUCAAAUCACGUCUCUGUUUCAUGCGGAACGGCUGUGGGCCAAGGGCUUCAGUGGGGCAAAUGUUAAGAUGGCUGUUUUUGACACGGGCAUUCGAGCAGACCACCCCCACUUCCGCAAUAUCAAGGAGCGCACCAACUGGACGAAUGAGGACACGCUAAACGACAGCCUGGGCCACGGCACGUUCGUGGCGGGGGUGAUCGCCAGCCACGACUCGCACUGCCGUGGGUUCGCCCCCGAUGCUGAGAUCUACGCCUUUCGGGUCUUCACCAACGCUCAGGUGUCCUACACGUCCUGGUUCCUAGACGCCUUCAACUACGCCAUCCUCACGCGCAUGAACGUGCUCAACCUCAGCAUUGGGGGGCCUGACUACCUCGACCGGCCCUUUGUGGAGAAGGUGUGGGAGGUGACAGGCAAUGGCAUUCUGAUGGUAUCGGCUAUCGGCAACGACGGGCCCCUCUAUGGCACUCUCAACAACCCUGCGGACCAGAACGAUGUGAUUGGAGUGGGCGGCAUCGACUACACUCUGCACAUUGCGUCGUUUUCUUCCCGUGGGAUGACCACAUGGGAGCUGCCACACGGAUACGGACGAAUGAAGCCGGACAUAGUCGCCUACGGGCGGGAGGUGGUCGGCUCGAAGAUCAACGGCGGGUGCAAGAGCCUAUCAGGGACGUCCGUCGCGAGCCCAGUGGUGGCCGGCGCGGUUUGUCUGCUAGCGAGCGUUGUGCCGGAAGCCGUGCGGUGGGGGCCGGGAGGGGUGCUGAACCCAGCGAGUAUGAAGCAGGCCUUGGUCGAAGGAGCAGACAGGCUGAAUGGGCCGCAUAUGUUCGAGCAGGGGUCUGGGCAAUUAAAUCUCCUGCGAUCCCACGCCAUUCUGGCGAGUUACACGCCCCGGGCAUCCGUCCACCCUUCCACCCUCGACUUAACAGACUGCCCCUACGCGUGGCCGUGGUGCCGCCAGCCGCUCUUCGCCUCUGCCCUCCCCCUCAUCAUCAAUGUCACUGUCCUCAACGGCAUGGGCGUCACCGGCUGGCUCGCUGCCCCGCCUGUGUGGGUUCCCACAGAGGUCGAUCUCACCAGCACUGCUGCAGAGGGUAACCUGUCAAGCGCAGCUGCAGCAGCAGCUGCAGCUGAAGCUGCAGGUGCCAAUGGCGGCUUUGUGAAUGCUGCGGCCUCGAAUUCCUCCUCGUCCGCCGCUCCGCCGCCCCACCGGGUGCUGCAUGUGCGCUUCUCCUACCCCGCGGUGCUCUGGCCGUGGUCUGGCAACCUGGGGAUCUACCUGAGAGUGCAUCCGGGUGCAAGGCAUCUCAAUGGCACCAUAGCGGGCGCCAUUCACUUCACGGUCGUCUCUCCCCCCGGCCCCAACGAAUCCGCCCCUCGCACCACCAACUGUUCACUACCUCUCCGCGUUGCCAUCAUGCUGACACCUCCCCGCCACCGCCGUGUGCUGUGGGACCAGUUUCACAACGUGCGCUACCCUCCUGGCUACAUCCCCAGGGACUCGCUGGAUGUGAGAAACGACAUUCUGGACUGGCACGGCGACCACCCUCACACCAACUUCCACGGGCUGUUUGCCGCUCUGAGGGAGUGGGGGUUCACGCUCGAGGUGCUAAGAUUGGACUCGCUGGAUGUGAGAAACGACAUUCUGAACUGGCACGGCGACCACCCUCACACCAACUUCCACGGGCUGUUUGCCGCUCUGAGGGAGUGGGGGUUCACGCUCGAGGUGCUAAGAUUGGACUCGCUGGAUGUGAGAAACGACAUUCUGGACUGGCACGGCGACCACCCUCACACCAACUUCCACGGGCUGUUUGCCGCUCUGAGGGAGUGGGGGUUCACGCUCGAGGUGCUAAGAUUGGAAUUGUUGGAUGUGAGAAACGACAUUCUGGACUGGCACGGCGACCACCCUCACACCAACUUCCACGGGCUGUUUGCCGCUCUGAGGGAGUGGGGGUUCACGCUCGAGGUGCUAAGAUUGGACUCGCUGGAUGUGAGAAACGACAUUCUGGACUGGCACGGCGACCACCCUCACACCAACUUCCACGGGCUGUUUGCCGCUCUGAGAGACUGGGGGUUCACGCUCGAGGUGCUGGGGUCGCCCCUGACGUGCUUUGAUGCACGCGAGUAUGGCGCUCUGCUGAUGGUGGAUAUGGAGGAGGAGUAUCACGCGGCGGAGAUAGCCAAGCUGCAUCACGAUGUCACAGCACUUGGGCUGGGUCUCAUAGUGGUGGGGGACUGGUACCACGUGCCCACCAUGAAGCACAUGCGCUUCUUUGAUGACAACACUCGCUCCUGGUGGACGCCCGCUACUGGGGGUGCCAACGUGCCAGCCCUCAACGACCUCCUUGCUCCCUUCAGCAUCGCAUUCGGCGAUGCCAUUCUCUCCGGCACCUUUUCCAUCGCUGGCCAUCGCGCUUACUUUGCCUCGGGCACCGAUAUUCGCAGGUUCCCCAAAGGGGGUUACGUUCACCGGUUCCUCUUCAGGGAUGGGUCGUCGGGAGGGGGCAGUGGUGGGGGAGAGGGCGGGGAAGCGGGCGGAGGGGGAGGGGGAGAGGGGGGAGGAGGGGAAGGGGGGGGAGUGGCAGGAGGGGGGAGUGGCGGGUCGAUUGUUUCGACUAGAGGGGGGAGGAUGAAGAGUCAAGUUGAGGCAUCAGUCCUGGGUUUAGUGGAGAGGGGGAAGGGGAAAGUGGCGGUGUUUGGCGAUUCUAAUUGCUUGGACAGCAGUCACCUAUGGCGGGGAGGAGGGGCAGAAGAACCGCAUGGGGCUGUGGCUGCUGAUUUGGGGGAUGUGGUUAAUGUGAGGGAGGAGGAGGAUAAGGAAGAGGAGAGGGGUCGUGAUUAUUCUUUUGAGAAUGUAACACGGCAGGGAGAGAAUUUGAAGGAUGAAGAGGGUUCGGGGGAAGUGAGGGCACGCGAGGAGGGAGGGAGGGAAGAGGGGGAAAGCGAAGAGGGGUCGGGGAGAGAUGGGAAAGGGAAAUUGGGGGUGGAGGAAGAUGGGAAAUGGGAAGGGGGGCCGGGAGGAGAGCUGGGGGGUACAGAUGCAGUAGAACUUGGAGUAUGGGAGACAGAGAAGCAGCAGGAGCAGCAGGAGCAGCAGGAGCAGCAGGAGAAGAAGGAGCAGCAGGAGAAGAAGGAGCAGCAGGAGAAGAAGGAGCAGCAGGAGAAGAAGGAGCAGCAGGAACUUGGAAUGGGGAGCGAGAUAGAACGAGGAUCUGAUGGUGUAAAGGGAUUGAAUGCGGUGAAACGAGGUGAUGACAGUGCAAGGGAAUCCGAUGAUACUGCUGCUAACGGUGCUGCAGAUGCUGGUGCUGUUGCUGUUUCUUCUGGUACUGGUAGUGGUGGUGGUGCUGCUGCUGCUGCUGCUGCUUCUGGUGCUGGUUCUGCUGAUGCUGCUGUGAGAUUAUAUGAAGGCAUAACUGAGAGAGUGGGGGGUAGUGGCAGCAGCGAUGGUGAUGCUGCUGUGAGAUUAUAUGAAGGCAUAACUGAGAGAGUGGGGGGUAGUGGCAGCAGCGAUGGUGCUGCUGCUGUGAGUGCAGAUGACCUGUUGCUAGCAGGCGGGCUUGGAGGGGCAGGGGGGGAGCAGUCCCCUGGGAGGAGCAUUUGGAGGCACUGGCAUGAGCGAGAAGAGGAGGUGAGAUCUGGGGAGGGGAUGGGGGGUGAGGUAGGGUGGGAUGUGGGGAGAAUGAGGGGAAGGAGAACGGCAGGGCAGUCGGCUGGGAAGAGCAUUUGGAGGCACUGGCACGAGGGCGAAGAGGAGGUGAGGGUUGUGUUCCAUGGGGGAGAUUAA